GAUGGGGGAGAACUGAAUGCAUCAGGAAAGUGGGUGGCGACGCCGCCAGGGUCCAUGUGGCCUUUGUUUUGGGUGGGAAUGGGAAGUUGAGGGCUAUAGAAUGGAUCACCACACGGCCGCCACGUGCUAGUCGCACGCAGACGUCCUGGGCGGCCAGGGUGGCUGAGUCCUGCUGUCACAUGUUUCCUCCUACAUCUCAAUACAUUUCAAUGUCUCCCACCACUUGAUGGUCAAGGUCAGCCACGCUGUACCGUUAUAACCUCCAGCCUGUCGACGUAUAUACGACAUGAAUAGGUGAAGUUUAAAGUCAGUCUGUUAGUUGACAGGGCAUAAAAAAACAUGUCGUUCAGAGAUAGUGACGAUAUAUACGUAUACCUAUCUUCUCUUGCAGGCAGUAGGUCAUUUCCCAAAAAUACAACAACAGAAUUUGAAAACAGAAUCAUACCCAUUCAUUUAGACACUGGCAGGGAUUAUGAAGUCAGCCUGUGUAAUAUCUUAUUCCCUAAAUAUUUCUACUGCAUUAAGGAAGGGGAUCCAAAUUCCAGUAUAUCGUUUUAUGGCCGGGUUAAGCAGUCCGAGUUCGAUAUGUAUGAAUAUAACAUGUAUACCUAUCUACCGGAAAGGAAUGUCAUCUCCAAUUUUACCGAUAAGAACAUACUGGCCAUAACUAUGGCGAUCAAUGGACAGAUAGUGAGAGAACUCCAAGCAAUUUUAAAUGAGUCCUUUAAGAUCUAUUUCCCAUACUCGGAAAUGAUCUAUUACGACCGCGACUUGGAGAGAGUCGUAGUUGACAAUGCGAUCGUGCCUCCUAAUGACGAUCGUAUUUACAGUGAUAUGAUUAUAAAAUUUGCCUCACAUAUAGCUCACAUUCUGGGUUUCAAUCCAAAUUUUCGUUACACCGUCUAAUUUCAAAGACCUGGCGAGGCCAUUUCAUCUUCCAGUGCGAGGAAAGCUUCCCCCUCGACACCCAUAAAAUUAUUCGCUCAAUACGUACCGCGAGCUGACGCGGGGAUGGAUCAUAUGUACAUUUAUACCGACAUAUAGUUAAUAUAUUAGACACCAUACCACUCCCCGGCGACAGCACCAGUAAAGGUACGAAUCCAAUUACGUAUAAACCAUUUUCCAUAUCAACUAUACAGUGUGUGGCCAUCAAAAUUACCAAUCAAAGAGGCAAACCUAUUCAGUUUGAAGAAGGGGGAAAACAGUGUUACUUGUGUGUUACAUAUAAGACCACGUUAACUUUUGCAUCUCAGACGUAAAGUUUUGAAGAGAAUCGAUCAAGGCAGGAUAAGGGUUGGGACGGAGAUAAUGAAACAGGCAGGUGUUGCCUACUUCUGAGUCAAGCCACGCUCCUCGCAGUGAUCUGUGUGGGAUACUUCAGUGUUUCUCCGCACGCCAUAGCGGAUGGGGUGCAAGUGUUGACAAUGUUAUAAAAAAAAAAAAGAAAAAUGGGUGUCCACUGUGGGACGGCAGAGACGCGGCUUUUAUGUGAAGUGUGUGGGAGAUGGCACACUAAUCCACCCUGCCCCUCAUGUGUGGAAGACCAAUGUGAUUUAUGUGAGCAGUGUGGUGUUCUGUUUCCACAUCUUCCACCAGAACGCACCUGCGAAGUUGGAGAUCCUGAUUAUUCUGGUAAGCAUUAUUACUUAUUUUGGCGAGAAUGUAUAUUAAUAAAGAUGAAAUGACUGUCAAUCUUUACAAGUUUGAGCUCUGAGUACAUCCUCCUGUACAGGUUCACACUCGAUUGAGCAGAGCGACACGCACGUCGGCAAACAUCACAAGCCAACAUCCCACGCGGAGGUGGGGAAAGAGAUGAGAAAAAAAAAAAAAAUCUGCUACAAGUAAUAAAUCAAUAAAUACGGUACCACUGCCACUACUACUAGCUACUACUAAUGUUCUUUUUUUUUAAGACUCGCCAUAGCCAGGUCCGAGUGGAUUAAUGGAGAAUGUAUUAAAUUCUUCUGAGACUUCAAGUCCCUCGCUACCUACACAAGACACGCCACAAGCGGAAGCAGGCCACAAUGAGUGUUGGACUCUGGAAGAACCGCGCUUAAUUGAUUCGAGGGAAAAUUUUAUGAGGAGCUUCACUAGACAUCAAGAUGACAUACCUGAUCAUGUAAGCAGAGAUCCACUUGGUCUACUUACCGAAUACAGGGAGCUCUUUAUACGGGAAAUUAGAUCAUAUUUCACGUUACAUGGCUCGCCAUUCCCCCCCACCCUAUAAAUAUUUUCAUCCAUUUCUCUGUUACUAGUUAAAUUCUCUACCUUAGGCGAGGAUGAACAUCCGAGUCAUUCAUAUUGCUUUUAGAGCACGUCUGAUCGGCUAUCAAGAUGUGCCUGACCUUGUUGAUUUAUGGAUCCAUCAGUUGAACAGUCGGUUGGAAAGCCUUACCAGCGAGACUGAAGGAUCUGGUUUUAUCAUUUCAAGAGCAGAGAAUUUUUUUCAACUAUUGCUUGCAUGUCGCAUGCAGUGAUAUAGGAGAUUAUGUUGCAUAUCCUAGAGACGUGCGAGGUGGGAAUGAAUUUUCAAUCCUGAUGGCCGACAUUCGUCCUGUGUUAUUCAGUGUUUGGCGGCGUUCAGACUUCACGCCCAAGGUGUACCUUGGAAAAGAAUUCCAAAAAUAUUACGGAGGUGGCAUGGUGGAGAGAAAUACGUCAUGUGCGGAAAAGUAGAGUCCUGUGACUUGGGAGAACUUGAGUCAGUUAGAAAGGUUAAAUCGCCUGUCUCUGGAUGUUUAUACACUGACCAAAAGUGGUGAGAUGUACUAUUUAACAUUAUCAAGAAAAGGCUUGUGCAAGUAUAAAACUGUAAUCCCACUCCUUUUACUAGGUGGGAGGCAUAUGAUGCUCAUUAAAGACGUGGAGAAGCUGCACCGGAAAUUGACGAGAAGCCCUCCCACCCUAGAGAGUCAUCAGUUUUGCAAAAUAUGUUUCAACUCAGUUCCCAAGUCUGUCAAUUUGAGCGAUCACGAGUGUCAUUGUGACUUCACUCAAACUCUUCUCUUUCCAGAUGAUGCCGAAAAAGUAAAAUUCAAAAAUUCUCUUUCCAGAUGAUGCCAAAAAAGUAAAAUAAAAAAAAUUUGCUUACACCUAUGAGCCUGCCUACUUAGCAUAUUUUUUAUCUUGAAACUAUGAUAAAACAUAAGGGGAAUAGAAGUGUGAUAGCUGAACAUGAGCCAAUUGGUUACUCAUAUCUCAUCAUCAAUAGGCAUGGAGAUGUCAUGGAAAAGAGAAGUUAUUUCGGUGAAGAUCCUGUGAAUAAUUUCAUUGAUAGCCUAUCCGAAGCUUGGCGAAUCAUCAAGGAAAGUGUAGUUAGCUAUCAAAUUAGCAUGUCUGCGGAGGAUGAAGUCCACUUCAAACGUCAGCGCCACUGUGAGCUCUGCCAUCAACCCUAUAAUGUGAAAACCCCCCCAUCAUAAACAUCACAACCACUCAUUACCGCAAAAUAAUUACAAGGGGGCAUUGUGCGCGUGAUACAACCUCCAGUGUCGUGACAUGAGGAAAUAUCUCAUCUUUCUGGCACAUAAUAUGAGCUUUGACGUCUCUUUAAUCAUAAAAGACCUUCAGUUGCCAGAGUCGCAUGUGGACAUCCUUGCCAAGUCAGAAUCGCAUUUAUUGAAAGUAAGGAUUAAGGAAUGCAGUUUCAAGACACGCUUUCCCUUAUGAACGCUGGCCUCGGCCAUCUUGCUCAGAGUCAUAUGCAGGCAGGCUAUGACACGUGUUACACCCAGGAGAUAAUGAAUUACCUCCCUGAGGAUGUAAGACAUGUAACUUGCUCUCAAAAACAGUUUCUUUGUUACAAGUACAUCACCGACCUUGGCUGCUUAGAAGAUUGGCAAUUGCCACCUCGUGCAGCAUUUUAUGACACGCUCAAGGAUAAGGCUCUGUCACCUGGAGAAUAUGAACACGCUCAAAGCGUGUGGAGUAUGGCGUCCUGUCGCACUUUAGGCGAUUACAUAAGACUGUAUUGUGAGAUUGAUGUGGGGUUAUUAGCCGACACAUAUCUCAAAUAUAGAUCAUACCUGCAUGAAUUUUAUGGACUGGAUGUGGCACAUUACGUGUCACUGUCUUCUUAUGCUUAUGACGCUUUUUUAAAGUUGACAGGCGUUCAACUUGACUCACCUUACGACCCUAACAUGUAUCACCUCAUCAAAAGAAAUGUAUGAAGAAGCCUUGUAACUUGCGUCAGACCUCACCUGCAGUCAAACCAUGAACCCGACGGUGGGCCCAGCACAUUUGUGUUCUAUCUGGACUAUAAUUCAUUAUAUACAACCGUUAAGUGUUCCCCCUGCCUAUGGGCGACAUCAAAAAACCUUCUCAGUAAGAGAUGGAUGAUUUUUUUUGAAGUUGGCAUCCAGAAUCACACGACAGAUGGCGAUGUCAGUUACUGUCUGCAUUUGGACACCUGCGACGUUUCCCUGGACGUGGCCCAGGCCACGGACGAGUUCCCUCUGUGCCUUGCACAUUUGACUAUUACAGAAGAUGACAUCUCGCUGUACAGUAAAGGACUGUUAGAAGCUGAGGGUUGUAAGCUUGGGAAGAAAAAUCGUAAACUCAUGGCCAGUCAUAAAGGACUGAAAGGUCAUCUCAUCAGUCUGGAAUUGCUGCAACUUUUACUCUCACUUGGACUGGAAAUACAAUGUGUCCAUGCUAUAUAUAACUUCAGACAGGCUCCAUACCUGAAACCUUUCAUAGAAAGGAACGUUACUCAGUGUGAAAAUGAGAUGUGCGCCAUUAAAAAUUGCAUUUGCAAACUGAUGUCAAACGCAGUCUAUGGCAGAUCCAUGUUAUCUGAAGUGAAGUAUGGGCUCCAACAGAAAUUAGUGACAAAAAGAAAGUCUUUCCUGAAGUAUAUAAGAAAUCCUUCCUUUAAAAGGGUACACCAAUUAGGCGAGGACCAAGUCAUAUGCGUCAACAGUAAGAAUACGAUUAAAAUCAGAAAGCCAAAUUACUUGGGUUACCAUAUUUUAGAAGUGGCAAAGAAGUAUAUGUACAACUUUUGGUAUCGUGUCACCAAAGCUAAUUAUGGGGAGAGAGCUAAAUUAGCUUAUGAAGAUAAGGACAGUUUCAUAUUUAGUCUACACAUACCUACAAACUUAAAUGAUGAACUGAAACAUGGACCCAUGGCAAAUUUUCUCGACACCAGUAACUUUGCUUCAGAUCACCCGUGUUUUAAUGGGGAGCGGAAGGGUCAACUAGGCUUGCUGAAAUCUGAAACCGGAUCCACGCUCAUCAAAGAGGCAAUCAUAUUAAAGCCAAAGAUGUAUUCGCUGCUGUUGGAAGAUGACAAGCAAGUACCUCGAGGUAAAGGUAUUCCAACUCACCAGUAAAAUAUAUUGCAUCAGCAGUAUAGGGAAACACUUAAUAAUGUCGCAUGUGGGAUGGUGGAUUGCUAUAAUAUCAGGAAUGUGAAAGGACAAAUUUGUACCACUCGCAUGCGAAAGUGUACUUUGUCACAUUUUGAUGACAAGCGUUUUCACGUCAAUUGCUAUACCUCAAUGGCGUAUUAUCACCCCGACAAUGAUCAGCGGGAAAGAGAUGUGGAGGACAAGGUGGAUGAGAAGGUGGUGGUGAAGGAGGAGGUGGAGGUGGAUUAGGAAGAGGAGGAGGAUGAGGAGGAGGAGGAGGGGGAAGAAGAGGAGGGGGAGGAUGGGUUAAUGAGUUGACUGUGGCGUGAUCGGGAGAGACUUUCCACGACAUUAUUCACAUCAUAAAUAAGGGGUAGGGAAAGAGAGGAUGCCGCUGGCAGCAGCUGCCCUUCAUGUAAUGUAAAAAACAUUUGCACUGACCACGUAGGCUAAAGAAGAGGAGGAUGGGUUAAUGAGUGGGUUGUGACGUGAUUGGGAGGGACUUUCCAUGACGUUAUUCACAUCAUAAUUAAGGGGUGGAGAGAGACCAUGGCUGCUAGCAGCUGCCGUUCAUGUAAUGUAAGAACAUUUGUACUGACCACGUGGGUUAAGGAGGGGGAUGAGGGGGAUUGUUCAUGUAAUGUAAGAACAUUUGUACUGUCCAUGUGGGAUAAGGAGGAGGAGGAGGAGGAGGUAAUGUAAGAACAUUUGUAGCUAGGCUAAGGAGAGGGAAGAGGAGGUUGAGGAAGAGGCAUGAGUUGGGAGAGAUCCCUGUCUUAAUUAGAGGGCAGGGAUGAGGAUGCAGCUGGGAGGCUAGUUAUGCUGUUACCUACAUGACCAUGUAAAUAAAGGUUAAGCAAUAAAUAAUGUAAACAUAUCGUAAUGUGUUUUAGUGCCCCUCUGAACUUAACAUAGACAAGACAUUUAGUGAAGAGAUGCUGAAUCUCUUCAGAUAUCCUGCAUGCAUAAUUAUCGCAGGCUAUACAAA